AUGUCUUCAAGUUUUCUAAAUGUUUUAGACGAAUCUCCACCACGGCCAAUCUCACCACGACCGUUCCUUCAACACAUUGAUUUCGCUAAUGAUGAAUUCACUAAUGAUGACCACGCGUUUAAUCAAAUACAUUCAAGUGACUCCGAACAUAGCAGUGCUAGUUCAGGUACUGACCUUGAUCAAGACAGUCGAUCAUGUCAUUCGCUUUCCAUGUCAAAACUAGAUAAACAACCUAUAUCUAGUCAAGAUGAUCUCGCACGUCAAUCUGACGUUACCGUAUCAAACAUUCACCACUCGCAGGCCGAGUACCAUGGAUUCACAAUUUAUGUGCUUGCAUUAAUCUCAUUUAUCAUAUAUAUUGCAUGGCUAGUAAUCCCAGAUGAAAUAUUAAGCGGAUGGUUUUCAAUUUCGUAUUACCCGGAUAAGUAUUGGGCAAUGGCUGUACCUGCAUACCUGUUAAUAUUGAUGGUUAUGGUCUAUUGGGUAUUGGCCUUGUAUAAUUUGGAAGUGUUGACUGUAGAAUUGAGUGAUUUGCGGUGCUUUGUCGAUGAGUACACUCAGUUCCCAAAAGUAGAAGAAGACAAAAUAGAGACGCAUGAAAAUCAGGAUCUGUACAAAGAGAUGAAGGUGCAUAUUCGCGAUCAAGAGAUGAGAAGGAACGAGGAAGAAAAGGAAGAAGCAAGAAGAAGACGGAUAUGUGAAUAUAUCCACAAGGCUCCAAGUGGAGUCUGGGAUCUACCAAUAACAUUAGUUAAUGAGGUCCUAUACUUAGAUAAUGAUGAAGAUGUAACGACUUAUAAUGAAUGA